AUGAUUUCAAGUUCUUUAAUUGAAGAAUGUUUAUAAAAACCUUUAAACAAUAAUUUAAUUGUCUUUUGUAGGAGUGUUCGAAAACAUUUCUCUAUGUUUUUAAAUAAAUAUGAGUUAUUAGUUAUAAUAGAUUCUGGCAUUUAACAUGUGGAAAAAUAUGUAAAAUCAAAUUUAGAUUUCCUAGAAGCUCAAUAAUCUUUGACAUUAUAAUUUAUUUAAUAAAGUUCCAAUGAAAUUAUGUACAAUCAUUAACUUUAGGAAAUAAGUAUUAGAUUCUUAAUGAUAAAUCAAAAAUUAUAGGAGAAUUUUGCUGAUUAGGAAGAAUUACUUAAUUCAGAAAUAGUUUAGCUUAUACCCUAAAACUUGUUACAAACAUUUUAAGAGUCUGUAAUACUAUAAGAAACAUUAAAAUAUGAAAAAACAGGAGAGAUAUUCACUAAUUUUGAGAAACUAAUUUACUAUUAUACAAGAGAAGACCAAUCUGUUAAUUUCUAUAAGAAGUUGAAUCAGAAAUUAUCCUAAUCAAACUAUGAAGGAUUGGAAUAAAUCAUGUGCACAUUGUUCUAUGGUUAUUAAAAUUUAAAUUAUCUAAGCUUAUCUGUGAGUUUAUUAUAUAGAGGUAUAAGUUUUACAGAACCUGACAAGAUAAUUUAUGAUUAGAUUGUAAAAGAAUUAACUGAAUGCAAAGAACAAAGUAAAAGUAUAUUUUGGAAUUCUUUAACCAGUACUUCAACUAAUCAAAGCUCAACCAAUUUUUUUUUGAAAAGCAAAUACAAAAUAUUAUUUGAAAUUUAAUUAGAUUAAAACAAUCCUCAUCCUUACUUUAAACUUGAGGAGUAUCACUCGCAAUUUCCGAGAGAAGGGGAAGUAAUUUUAUUUCCUUAAUUUGAAUUUCAAGUAAUAGAAAUGGAUUAAAUUGGCUCAAAUAAUUAUUAUCAUAUAAAAGUUAAAUAAGCUUAGAAUAAUUUUUCUAUGGCCUUAAAUAAGACAAAAAGAAAGGAAUAUUGGGAACAGAGAAUUGAAACUGAUCUGAAACCAAAACUGAAAAUAAUGGCUUCCUUUUACUAAAUUAGAAUUAACUUUAUAAUGAAAAAUAUAAGAAAUAAAGAAUUUAAACUUUGCUCUAGGUGUAUAAAGGAUAGCUUAAAAGAAAAUUCGGACAACUAUUUUUUAAAAUUAGUGACAUAGCUUUAAAAGUUUUGUGAUAAUCAGAAAGGUCAUGAAAAUUAGCUUUCUUAACUAUUAUUAGUAAUUAAAGAAGAGAUCUCAUUUGAAACAGAAAUAACAGAUGAAUUUUUAGAAGAGUCAAAGAUUUUAUUCAAAAACAGUUCAGACCGUUUAAUUAAGGAAUUUAUUUUAAUAAUUAAAAAGAUAUAUAAUCUUGAAGUAUUUAAGAAUGAUAUAAGACACAUAGUAUAAGAAAGGAUCGAAGUGGCUGAAAAAAAGAGAAAGAAGAAUGAAAAGAAGGAAGAUAUAUAUGAGAUCUUAGUUUUAUCAAAAGAUUUUGACGAAUAUUUAUUCGAUAUAUUAAUUAAAAUGUUUAAAAAGGGAAAGAUUACUAAUUGUAUUGGGUUUCUUUCAAAGAAUAAUAAGAAAAAGUAUUUCGAACAAUAUUUUUCAGAUCUAAAUUAUUCAUAGCAAAUGAACAAAGAAGAAAAAAUGAAAAAUAUAAAAGAAAACCUGAGUUUAAUGACUCAUGUUUUAUAAAAUAUUCUUGACAUUUAAUUUAAUAAAUGGAAUUAUUCUACAGAAGUUUCAAAAGAAAUUAGAUAAGAUCUAAUUACAAAAAUAUCAAACGAUAAAAAAAUAAUUUAAUUUUUAAAAUUUAUUGUUCGUCUUACCGCCUAUGAUGACUAAUUUAUAUAAUGUGGAUCAAAUUCACUAAAUUUAUUAGUUGAGAUGAAAGUUAAUCUGAGAGAACAAAGCUUUGAGGAUAUUAGAAUUUAAGAAACAACUUUGAUUGGUGCUAAUCUUGCGAAAUGUAAUUUGAGCGGAUCGAAAUUUGAUAAUGUAGAUAUUAGCGGAAUGAAUGUGAAUGGUGCACAAUUAUUUAAUUGUUGUUGGAAGAAAUUGAAAAUUCAUGAAUUCAAUGAAUUUCUUGGCCAUACUAGUUAUAUCUUAUCAAUAUGCUUCUCUUCUGAUAGCACUAUAAUAGCAUUUGGUAGUUAUGAUAAGUCUAUCCGUUUAUGGAACAUUAAGACAGGAUAAUAAAUAUUGAAAUUGGAUGGUCAUACUAGUACUGUUUAUUCAGUAUGCUUCUCUUGUGAUGGUAAAUUAGCAUCAGGUAGUGAAGAUUAGUCUGUCCGUUUAUGGAACAUUGAGACAGGAUAUUAAUAAUAAAAAAUGGAUGGUCACAAUAGUAUUGUCUAAUCUGUAUGCUUCUCACAUGAUGGUACUACAUUAGCAUCUGGUAGUAAUGAUAAAACUAUACGCUUAUGGGAUGUUAAUACAGGAUAAUAAAAAUCUAUUUUUGUUGGACAUUAGAACUCUGUCUAUUCUGUUUGCUUCUCUCAUGAUGGUAAACUAUUAGCAUCUGGUAGCGCAGAUAAUUCUAUUCGAUUAUGGGAUAUUAAUACAAAACAAUAAACUGCCAUAUUUGUAGGUCAUUCGAAUUCUGUCUAUUCUGUGUGCUUUUCUUCUGAUAGUAAGGCAUUAGCGUCUGGCAGCGCAGAUAAGUCCAUUCGACUAUGGGAAGUUGAUACAAGACAAUAAACUGCCAAAUUUGAUGGUCAUUCGAAUUCUGUCUAUUCUGUAUGUUUCUCUCCUGAUAGUAAAGUAUUAGCAUCUGGCAGCGCAGAUAAGUCUAUUCGAAUAUGGGAAGUUGAUACAAGACAAUAAACAGCCAAAUUUGAUGGUCAUACUAAUUAUGUUCUAUCAAUAUGCUUCUCACCUGAUGGCACAAUUUUAGCAUCUUGUAGUAAUGAUAAGUCUAUUCGUUUAUGGGAUUAAAAAGGGCAAAAAAUAACCAAAUUCGAUGGUCAUACUAGUUAUGUUCUAUCAAUCUGCUUCUCACCUGAUGGUACUACAUUAGCAUCUGGUAGUGAUGAUAAAUCUAUCCAUUUAUGGGAUAUUAAGACAGGCAAAUAGAAAGCAAAAUUAGAUGAACAUACUAGUACUGUUUUUUCAAUAAGCUUUUCUCCUGAUGGCACUUAAUUAGCAUCUUGUAGUAAUGAUAAGUCCAUCUGUUUAUGGGAUUGUAUAACAGGGCAAUUACAGACCAAAUUAACUGGGCAUACUAGUAACAUACAUUCGGUAUGCUUUUCUCCUUACGGAACUACAUUAGUUUCUGGUAGUGAAGAUUAGUCUGUCCGUUUAUGGAGCAUUUAGACUAAUCAAUAAAUAUUAAAAAUGGAUGGACACAAUAGUGCUGUGUACUCAGUAUGCUUCUCACCUGAUGGUGCUACUCUUGCAUCUGGCAGUGACGACAAUUCUAUUCGUUUGUGGGAUGUGAAUACAGGAUAAUCAAAAUUUAAUUUACAUGGUCAUACUAGCGGUGUUCUAUCAGUAUGCUUCUCUCCUAAUGGUAGUUUAUUAGCAUCUGGAGGCAAUGAUAAUUCAGUUCGUUUGUGGAAUGUGAAGACAGGAGAAUAACAAAAGAAAUUGAAUGGUCAUACUAGUUAUGUCUAGUCAGUAUGUUUCUCUUCUGAUAGUACUACAUUGGCGUCUGGUAGCUAUGAUAAUUCUAUCCGUUUAUGGAAUGUCAAUACAGGAUAAUAAUAAGCCAUAUUAGAUGGUCAUACUAGUUAUGUAAGUUAAAUCUGCUUCUCCCCUAAUGGUACUCUCUUGGCAUCUGCUAGUUAUGAUAACACUAUCCGUUUGUGGGAUAUUAGGACACAAUACUAAAAACAAAAAUUAUUUGAUCAUACUAGUAGUGUUCUUACAGCCAGCCUUUCAACUGAUUAUACUACUUUAGCAUCUGGUAGUGACAAUAAUUCUAUCCGGGUAUAGAAUGUUAAUACAGGAUAUUAAUAAGCCAUAUUAGAUGGUCAUGCUAGUUAUGUAAGUUAAGUAUGCUUCUCUCCUAAUGGUACUCUCUUGGCGUCUGCUAGUUAUGAUAACACCAUCCGUUUGUGGGAUAUUCAGACAGGACAAUAACAGACUCAAUUAGACGGUCACACCAGCACUAUUUAUUCAGUAUGCUUUUCUUUUGACGGUACUACAUUAGCGUCUUCUAGUGGAGAUUUGUCCAUCCGUAUAUGGAAUGUUUAGACAGGACAAUAAAAAGCAAAAUUAAAUUUGAAUUAAGAUUAGGUAGGAUAACUUUGUUUUUCACUUGAUGGCACUGUAUUAGCAUCUAGGUUAGUGGAUAACUCUAUCUGUUUAUGGGAUGUUAGAACAGCAUCAUAAAUCUAGACCUCAAAUCAUAGGUAAAAAGCCAUUUUGGCAUAAUUUAGCACACACAUAUUUUAAAAUAACUUUCUUCCUUAAAUUGGU